AUGUCUCGAAAAACAUCAUUCUACCCUCAAGUUGAAUCCACCAAUCCAGACGCAAAUUCUCCCUUCUCCCAUUCAUCUUCCUCAUCAUCCAUGUAUCCAUCAAUCACCACUGAUAACCUCUCACCAGAAUAUCCAAAAACUGCACCACAACAACAACCAUCAGAACAUGUUCUCGUCACUGUCCCCGACGUGAUUCUCCAUCUCAUAGAAAAAGAUUCAAGCGUCCACUUAGCUUCCGGCGACUUAACCAUAGUAAGCCUUAAAGAAGGAAACAACGUAGCAGCAGUUAUAGCUCGCAUCGGCGAUCAAAUCCAAUGGCCAUUAGCCAAAGACGUUUCAACAGUGAAACUCGACGAGGCCCAUUACUUUUUCACACUUAAGGUUCCACAGGGUAAUAGUAAAGAAGAUAUUGAGUCGGAAGUUUUGAACUACGGAUUGACGGUUGAAACAAAAGGGCAAGAGAAAGGUUUGGUUUUGAAGGAACUUGAUAAGGUUCUUGAAAAGUAUAGUUUUCUUUCUGUGGAGAAGGUGAAGGGUGUGAAAGGGUGGGAGGUUUUGGAGAAAAAGGAAGCUUUGGAGGAAAGUUCCGCGGCUGCUUAUUGGACAACGUUGGCACCAAACGUGGAGGAUUACAGUGGGAGAUUUGCUAGAUGGAUUGCGGCAGGGUCAGGACAAAUGAUCAGGGGGAUUCUGUUUUGUGGAGAUGUUACUGUGGAGAGAUUGAAAUGGGGGAAUGAUUUCAUGAAAAAGAGGUUGCAACCUGGUUCUUCUCAAUCACAAAUUAGUCCACAUGCCAUGGCGGGCAUGAAAAGGGUUAAGAAGUUGACAAAGAUGUCAGAGAAAGUGGCUCUUGGUGUUCUCUCUGGGGUUGUUAAGGUGUCUGGAUUCUUUACUAGUUCGGUGGUGAACUCUAAACCAGGGAAGAAGUUAUUUAGUCUUCUUCCUGGAGAAAUUGUACUUGCUACCCUUGAUGGAUUCAAUAAGGUGUGUGAUGCUGCAGAAGUAGCCGGAAGGAAUGUUAUGUCCACUUCAUCAGUUGUGACCACUGGACUUGUUUCACAUAAAUAUGGAGAACAAGCAGGUGAGGUUACAAAUGAAGGACUUGGCGCUGCAGGGCAUGCAUUUGGUACAGCUUGGGCUGUGUUCAAACUAACGAAGGCACUCAACCCCAAGAGUGUGAUCAAACCAACAACAAUAGCUAAAGCUGCUGCCCAAGCAAGUUCUACUCAACUGAAGGCUAAAAAAUAA